AUGCUCUGCGACUGCUGUACUGGCAAAGUAAUCUUCUCCAGAGAGGAAAAAGAAGCAGUAAAGCUAGGAUUGCCUGUUUUUACUCACCGCAGAACAGAGGGCAAAAAGGAUAUUGCAAUUGAAAAAACUGAGGAAGAUAACAAAAAAACAGAUAACCCAAAAUACAAGAUGUUAAUCUGUUACCAGUACAGUGAAGAAUUGGAGCCAGAAAGCAGAAAUGGCCCUCUGCAUGACUCCUUCCAAAUGACAGACUGGUAAAUCAUGUACAAGUCA